GGAAUCGAGUUGUGAGCGAACGAAUUUCAGAGCGCAACAGUUACAAUCUGAACGGCAAGGCGAGCAGUUCGUGAGUGAGCGAACAAACAAAGAGCAGAAAAAAAGAUCUGAUCGAGAUUUCGACUUAAAUCAGAUUGAAACGCGCUUUGAGAGUGAACAAUAAACAAGUCGUAAACAUUACUAAUUGUCAAAUAUUGUGAUUACAAUUAAAAAUAUGUUGGCACUGCCGAACAUUGCGGAUCUGCGCAUGCAGCAGCAGAUUGCGCACGAGCUUUAUCGCCAGCAAAUUAUGCAACGUCUGCCAGAUCCACUGUGCGGCCUUUUGCCCAAUUUCGGUUCGCAUUUCGUGGCGCCCGCAGUGGCGCAGCCCUCGCUGCCUGGCGUGGAAGCGAAGCUCGAGAACAACGAACUGUGGCAGCAGUUCCAUCACAUUGGCACCGAAAUGAUCAUCACAAAGAGUGGCAGACGUAUGUUUCCAUCGAUGCGUGUCUCGCUCAGCGGGCUGGAGGAGGAGGCCAACUAUUGCGUGUUGCUGGAGAUGGUGCCCAUUGGCGACUGUCGCUACAAGUUCUCCGGAUCCCAAUGGGUGCCGGCUGGCGGUGCCGAGCCCCAGAGUCCACAGCGCAUGUUCCUACACCCGGACAGUCCCGCAACGGGCAAACAUUGGCAAUCACAGGCUUUGCUGUUCAGCAAAGUCAAGCUAACCAACAAUACGCUGGACAACAAUGGACAUAUUGUCUUGGCCAGCAUGCACAAGUAUCAGCCACGACUGCAUGUGAUUCGCACAGCCGAUCUGACCCAGAUACCCUGGGCCCCGCAGCAGGCCUUCGUUUUCCCCGAAACUGAGUUUAUAGCUGUCACAGCGUAUCAGAACGAUCGCAUCACAAAGCUCAAAAUCGACAACAAUCCCUUCGCCAAGGGCUUCCGCGAGACGGGCCAGUCACGCUGCAAGCGUAAGCUUAACGACUCCUCCUCUGCGCCUGCACAUGCAGAGGGUACGGGAGCCGUCAACAACAUGGAGCUCACAGCCUCGCCGUCGGCCAAACGGCUGCGUCUUCCCGAAGAGCUCUCCCUGCUGCCUCCACAGCAACAGCAGCCAGCGAGCGGGCUGCUGAUGCCGCGCCAUUAUCUGCUGGAUACUCUGGAGGCCAAUUUCUAUCUGUCAGCGCCACCGCCGCCCCUGCCGUGCAUUGAUUAUGCCAGACACAUCGCCAGCUAUCCAAGUUGGGCCUAUUCGCCGCCAUCGCCCGAUUCGUCGCGUGCCUCCUCCUCCUCGUCUGGCUGCGAUUCCGCCGCCGAGCCAGAGACCGAUACCUUUGUAGAUGUAGUGGGCACCACGACAAGCCCGCCAGAGCCCGACCUGGAAUCCGAAUCGAUUAGCCGAAUCACUGGUAUGGCCAACGUAGCCGUUGCCGCUGCUGCUGCUGCCGCCGUUGCUGUCGCUGCGGUGCCGAAGCCCAAACGGAGCAGCUUCAGCAUCUUGGACAUAUUAGGAGUGAGCGUCUCGUCUUAGCUGUGGAGCUGCUGCCGCUGCUCCCAUUUCAGUUGUUCAGCUGUAUAGUUGUCGCUCCUAAGUGCCUUAUACAUUUAAUUAGCGUUUAGUUGCGUAGUCCGUAGGUUGUAUUGUGAUAUUUUGCAGUUAAUUAAGAUUUCCAGGUAUUUGCCAUCAGUAUUUAUCCUAAGUAUUUAUUAUGCAAUUUUAAUUGUUUAAAUGAUUUCGUAAUGGAUUUAUUGUCUUUGGCAUUUUAAUGCGAGUAAAUAAAGAUUUUUUAUAAGAAUUUCAGAAAA